AUGGCCGACGCCGACGCACCGGAGGAGGAGCCGCCGAAGGUCGACGAGACGCUCCCGCUCCUCGAGGACAUCCCGACGGCCGUGCAGGUCAAGCAGGGCGAGGUGCUGGACGGCGGCGGCUGGCGGCCCGUGCGGCGCGAGCUCGUCGGCUUCUACAUGCAGCGCGUCUCCGCGCCGCGGAGAGAGAGAGAGAGAGAGAGCGAUCGGUACUUUGCGGUGGGCAUCGUCUACGGGGGCCUGCCGAGCACGAUCUACGGCUUCUUCCUCGGCUACCUCAACGUCGAGGGCUACGUCUACGCGACGGCGGCGACGAUCGUGAGCCUGCCCUGGUCCUUCAAGUUCCUGUUCGGCGCGAUCAACGACUGCGUGCCCCUGUUCGGCUACCGGCGGAAGCCGUACAUGGUGCUCGGCUGGCUGCUGUGCUCGACGGCGCUGCUGCGGCUCGCGGCGAUGCCGCUGCCGCGGCCCUACUGGUGCCCGAACGCGGCGGGCGACGGCUACGUGCGCACGGUGCACACGUCGUCGGGCGCGGAGAGCGCCGAGCCCUGCAACCCGGAAGCGGCGGAGAUGGGCGGCAAGUACGCGUUCCUGAUGAUGGUCGCGUCGCUGGGCUACUGCAUCGCCGACGUCGCCGCGGACGGGCUCACGGUGUCGCUGGCGCGCGCCGAGCCGCCGGAGAAGCGCGGGCAGACGCAGACGACGGUCUACCUCGUGCGGACGCUCGGGAACGUCGUCGCCGUCGCGAUCGUCGGCAUCUGCAUGAACUCCUGGAAGUACAACGGCUCCUUCUCCUGGGGUCUAUCGUACUCGAGCAUCAUGGGCCUGUUCGCCGUGCCGGCGGCGCUCAUGGUGCCCGUGUCCUGGGCGCUCGUCAAGGAGCAGCGCGUCGUCUUCGUCGACGAGGUCGAGCUCAAGAAGGACGAGGAGGACGACCUGCCCGCGCUGCCGGACGGCGCGGCCUACGAGGCGAAGCGCACGUUCCGCCAGUACGCGGCGAACGUCUUCGAGCUCCUCCGGGGCCGCGCCAUGCUCUUCGUGAUCCUGUACCAGUUCCUCACGCCCAUCGUCGGGGGCGUCUCGACGACGGCCGGCGGCGAGGUGAAGCAGUACUGGGCCCACGUGAAGACGUUCCAGAACGCGUGCUUCUCGCUCGUGGGGCUGGGGCUGUUCGCCGCGGGGCUGUACCUGGUGAAGACGCGCUUGCUGGACCAGAGCUGGCGCCACAUGCUCCUGGUGACGACGGUGUUCCUGAACGUGGUGGACAUGCCGUUCACGUUCUGCACGAUCUUCGACGUCGUCCGGGACCAGUACUUUUACCUCGGCGAGACCGUGCUCGUGGAGAUCCCAGCGGCGGCGAACUUCGUCGUGUCGACGUUCGUCAUCGUCGAGAUGGCCGAGGGCGGCGACGAGGGCAUCGUCUACGGCCUGCUGACGACGACGGCGAAUUUAGGGUCGCCCUUCGCCCAGGCCAUCUCGAACCAGAUCUUCGGGCUCUGGUCGCCGUCGCUCUCCGACUCGUCGAACUACAUCGAGGACGCGCCGUCGUUCCGCAACUCGGUCGCGCUGUCGUUCGCGGUGUCCUACUUCUUCGCGUUCGCGUCGCUCGCGACGCUGCCGCUCCUGCCGAACCAGAAGGACGAGGCCCAGGAGCGCAAGCGCAAGUGGGAGAAGCGCGACGCCUACGCCUACGUGUCCAUGGGCCUCGUGCUCGCGGGCCUCGUCUACUCCGUCACCGUGAACUUCCUCGCCAUGUUCCCGUCGACGAUGUGCCUCAAGAUCGCCGGCGGCGAGGGCUGCGGCAACGACGACGACGACGACGACGGCCGGUAA